AAAACUAAAGAGAAAUAUGAAUAUAUACAUCGAUUUCUUUUUCAAAACGUUAUCGGUAGUGAAAAUAUAUCAAUGCUGAGAUAUUUUUUUCAAUGUUAAUAACGGGAGACAAUCUGUUUAUUCACAAUACAACUCAUAACGGAUUGCCGCGGUUUGCAAAGUGAAUUAGAGCUAUUUUGUCAAGCGUCAUUUCUUCUCGUUAACGCAGCUGCGCCGGCUGAACAUGUCUUGUCCGCGAGAGUCGAAAUUGUCGCGAAAUAGCGCCGUAAUAGCAUAAUCGUCAACUCGCAAUCUCGCAGUCUCGCGUCAGCCUGUCUGUAAAACGGACAAUAGACAAUAACAAAUGCAUUGCCACGGCGCAAAACGAUCGAAAUAUCGCGCACAACAAUGGUGAACGGGCGCGGACAAUAAAUUCGCGGUCGCUGAAGUGGUAGUUACAGUUACAAAUCUAUAUAGAGGGUACUCGCUUCAGAAUUACGGUCACUCAUCUUCCAAUAUCAGCAUGUUACGUAUUUUAACUUGGGUUCUCUUCCUACGCCUGUCUUCCGUCACGCUGUCAUCGGAAGUAACGUCAUACGCGAGAGUAUCGAGAAACGGACAGCCAGGAAGAAGCUCUCAGGAUUCUUUUUCAUGGAUCACCAGGCCCGUAGUGAGAAACGAUACGAGCGCGGAGAACGAGAGUAGAAGUAUAAAUGACGUUGUUAUCACAGCAUCGCCCGUGUACGUUCCGCCCGGGGCUGCUCCGAAGCUGAAGAAAGGCGAGGCGGUCGAGCAUCCAAGAUAUUCGACGCUGGAUCACGAGAUGAUAGCCAAGCUGGACGCGAGCAAGAAGCGAAUUCAACAGCGAUUUAAUCCACCUGCGGCUGGACUCUUCGACAAAGACUCUUCUUACUCGAACGGAAGGCCGCCGAAGGCAGCGGGUAUUUCGGAUCUGGCGACUUCUUCGAACAUAAACUCAUCUACUUUUCUUGGUCCGAUCUUCCCUGGCAUAUACGAAUACAGACCGAUGGGUCCGGUACUCGACGACGAGUCACCGAUGUCGAAACCAAUAAUCAGUAAAUAUCCGCCUGCACCCAUGGAUGACAAGAUUCCAGAUUCCUACAAACCGCCGCCGAACAAAUAUCACUCUAGCGACGUGCACGAAACGGAGUAUCCCAAUUUUGAAAUAGCUUCCUCGUACGACAAUGACAGACCUGGGCCGAAACCUAUGAAAUUUGAGAACCACGAUGACCACCCGCCUCCGUUCAUAGAGGAUUCGUACGAACACGAUCAUCACGAUUUUCAUCACGACGUGAUCUACGAUCACUUACCUGUGUACCACGAGCAUCAUCCCAAGACCACAACGGAGGAGCCGGAGAUGAACGACCAACGACUUGACAAGAGGCCCUACUCGUACUACUUCAUAGGAAAAAAACUCUGGUAUAUACCGCUGUACUUCAGCAUCUACUUUAUAAUAUACAUAGCGGCGCUCGUACUGAAGAGCGUCGCCCGACACAAGAUCAAUUUUCCGGCUCACUUGGCGGAAGCUGUGAAUCAUCGUAGAAGACGCGAAUCUAGCGAAGGAUGGUGGCACUUUACCGAAAGAAUACUCGAAGGGAUAGAACGAUUUGCUGAAACGUCCGCUAAAAGUUCUGAACGUUGAAUAAAAACUGCUGAUGAAAAAAUUUCUGAGAAAAAAUCAAUGUAUGUACUUCUAAUAAUCACUCGCCGUUCGAAUACAUUCGAGUAGUUUUGAAUACAGGCGAUUGAGUAUAGAUAUAUGUUCAUAAUGUGUAAGAUAUUGUUAAAAACGUUUUUACCAUUGAUAAUUAUUAUUUAUAUGUAUAGUAAUUAUUCAUAAAUAUAUGUAUCCAUUAUUUAUGCAUAAUUUAUGGUAUCUUAAAUAGAGCAAUUGCGCUAAUCAAUAUAUGACAAUUAUGUAAAAGUUACAAGCUGUAUUAUAUAAGUUUAAAUAAAUUAAUAUAAAGUGCGUUCCUAA